GGCUCUGCAGUGGCGGCGGAGAGGCGAGCCGGAGCGCCAGCGGGGCCAGGGCCGGAGCCGAGCCGGGGUCGGGGCAGCAGCGGGGACCCUCGGAGGCGGGGCCAGUGGGACUGCGAUGGGCGUGGAGAUCGAGACCAUCUCCCCGGGAGACGGAAGGACAUUCCCCAAGAAGGGCCAGACGUGUGUGGUGCACUAUACAGGAGCCGGAGGAGGUUACGUCUCUGCUGACCCCUCCUGGAUGAUCUGUGCUGGAAGGCCAGGAAUGCUCCAAAAUGGGAAGAAAUUCGAUUCUUCUAGAGACAGAAACAAACCUUUCAAGUUCAGAAUUGGCAAACAGGAAGUCAUCAAGGGUUUUGAAGAGGGUGCAGCCCAGAUGAGCUUGGGGCAGAGGGCGAAGCUGACCUGCACCCCUGAUGUGGCGUACGGAGCCACGGGCCACCCCGGUGUCAUCCCUCCCAAUGCCACCCUCAUCUUUGACGUGGAGCUGCUCAACUUAGAGUGAAGGCAGGAAGGAACUCAAGGUGGCUGGAGAUGGCUGCUGCUCACCUUCCUAGCCUGCUCGGCCACUGGGACGGCUCCUCUUGCUUGGGGCUCUUGAUCAGUGCGCUAACCUCACUGCCCCACGGCAUUAUCCAUUCUCUCUGCCCAAGUUGCUCUGUAUGUGUUUGUCAUUGUUCAUGCACAUCUUUGCUUGAGGAAAUUUCGGUUGCAGAUCCAAACAUUUCAGGUUGUGCAUUUUGCGUGAUGCAUGUAGUAGCCAUUCCUGAUCACAGAACACAGACUUCUUGUUCGCACAAUCUACACUGCCUUACCUUCACUUAAGCCAGAUAUACAAGGUGCUCAGAUAUGAAAUGUACAUGGUGUACACAGAGGGACUUGAGCCAGUUACCUUUGCUGUCACUUUCUCUCUCAGAAAUUCUGUUGGCUGCUGACUUAAACAAUGUCCUCUAUGGAAAUGAUAUAUAAAAUAAAGGCUCUGUGCUCGACAAA